AUACGCAGCCCUGGUUUAUGAGGGAAAAUGUAUCGUCUCGGCCAACAGACUCUCUCCAAGAUCGCUUUCAAUUCCUUUUUAUCUGCUGUGCCGCGGGAAUAUUUUCAUUUUACGAGACAUUACAAUAAAAGCUGGUCGUGUAUUGGCUGAGUUUUGAUCAAAUUUGAUAGUUAUCUGCACGAAAAUGCCGAGGACCAAGAAGAAGAACAGCAGGGGUAAGUAAGCGGGCGGUCGCAUUGCUUUGGCCUUGCUGGUGUGUCUUUCCCACGCUUGCGGUAGUUGUAGUUCUUUACGUGUUGUCGGCGCGUUGACUGUAGUUGAACGUGUUGACGGGGAGGACUACAAACGUCAGAGGCUGGCCUACGUCAAAAUACGAAGCUAGCUAGCCUUUAUGACACAAAGCCUUGGCGUUGCUAGGAAAAACGUGGUUCGUGACUCAAAGUUACCUCAAAUAUUUAUUUUAUAAAUAUCAUUUCAAUGUCUAAUAAUUUAAUCGGUAUUUAAUUUGAGCUCGUGACUAUCGCCUGGCAAGUGCUAACGUUAGCCGUACUAGCACUGCACUAGCGAGCUUCGGCUUCAGAUGCUAGUUAUUUUUGAACAUGAUAACGUGAAACACGAUGAGUGGCACCGGUUAGAGAGCUUGAACUGUACACAUUACCUCGAUAUUAACCUAUAUUACACAUUAUUUCUUCCGUUGUAAAGAAACGAUGUCAGCCUGAACUCGAUAGUGAGGUCGUGUUGUCAGCAGAUUGACCUCAAUUAAUCUUAAACCCGAAUAUGCUGUCGACGUCACGGUACUCAGUCAGACGGCUGUUGUGUGACCCUGGACUGGGAAUGUAAAGCUGGGACGUGUUUUGUGUGAUGGUUGUUGUCGGUAUUUUAUUGUCAAGCGACCGGAGGCGGACAUUUUGGACUCUGGAGAAAGCAGGUUGUAAAACAGGCGGCGUCCGGUUCUCAGGAAUCAGCUGUGGGGAGAGUCCACGUCAACACAGUUAAAGGAAAUAACCAGGGUUAGGUGGAAAACGGCACUCUUAUCAUCAGCUGACAGGGAUUCCUGUAACAUUUAUCAUGAUCUGAGACAGUCACAUCUGACCCUCGUUGUUCCCUCAGUAUUUAACUUGCCAAAUAUAUCCCUCAGAGGUAACUUCAGGUCAGGCUUCAGACGCCUGUUGUGUCUGGAUACAUUUAGCCAGCAUUCAAGAACUUUCCCCUACACAUGGAGUAUUUAAGGAAAGGGUUUCAUAACAAGUCCACUUAUUGUUUCUGUUCUUUUAAAAUCUUAACACAUACACUCUCAACAUCCUUUGAGCUGUGAUUUUUUACAACCUCCUACACAUGUUAUUUGCUAAAGCACCCAUGAGAUAUGUAUUUGAUUGGCAACCUGUUUUAUUUGUUUACGCUUGACAGCUAUUUAGCUUUACCUACUAAGAUGUCUGUAGUCUCUGGGCAGGAGACAGAAACAACGCCUCUGCAAAACACAAAGUACAUUCAAAACAGCUAAACAACAAUACAUAACCACAAUACAACAACCUCAGGUACUCCAACAGAGACUUUGAUUAUAAAAGAGUUCCUUCCAAGUCCAGUCUAUUUGUAGAGCCAAGUGUUUACAGGAUGAUGUUUACUCAUAGGUUUUAAAACUUUAAGUUAGAAAAGAUCAUUUGCUUCCUUGUUCAUUCCCGUGAUGUGAUUUCCUGGCAUGGAUGAAUCGCUGAGGUUUUUGUUUGAGCAGUCAACAUUACAGUGCCCUUGUCCCUGAGAGCACUUGGUCAUUAUUCAUGAGAUAAUAAAAGUCUAGCUGGAUAAGGUGUGCAAAGGGCGCACAUUAGAUAAGUGUGGUGUCUGUUCCAGCACCUGCAUGGAGCUGGUGUUACAUAACAAACACGCACAGGCCUGUUGCUUAGUUUUGUGGCAUUUGAUAAGACUGAUUUAUACUUCUGUCUUUUUUUUUUUUUUUAAUUUUACUAGGAGGGCAGCAUGGACAUGUGCAGCCUUUCAGUGAUGAGGAUGCCUCCAUUGAGACCCUCAGUCAUUGCAGCAGCUUCAGUGACAUCACGAGUGUAGCAGAUGACGGUGAGUGUGUGUGUGUGUGUUUUUAUUUCCAUUAUUCUUUGAGUUUACUCCUCCGCGACGCAGUGGGUGUUUCUGCAUGUGUGUUUUUUAUAGUUUGUGUGUACAUCAUCCACAAGGAAUGUAGUGUAGACGCCUUGCUCAAACUUUGGUUUGAAUUUUGCUGCUAAGCUACUUAUUGUUGGGCUAACAUUAAAGUAAAAACCACAGCUUUUUUCUUGAUUCAAUAAAACCUUUAAGUUUUUAAAAACCUACCAAGAUAAGUGCAGACUUUUCAGUUCAGACAGAGUGAAGCUCUACACAUGAAUAUCUACUCACUAAAUCUUGUGUUGGUGCCAGGUGGAGAGGCCAAUGAGGACUCAGCCCAGGAGGAUUUCCAGUACAAGUUGAAAGGGUUCAUAGACAGCACGGUGGAUAAAAGGUAAUAAAAAGUAGUGCCUGCUUUUCAGCUUUUUUUAAAACACAUGUUUUAAGAUUGUAGGUAUGCAGAGUGUAACAUGUCUAUGCAGAGUUUUACCUGCAGGUUCGACAUUGAGUAUUCAAAUUUGAGUGUCUUCUUUUCAACGUCAAGGGACAGCAAAGCCUGAGUUUGAGCAGUCUUGCAGGCAAUACUUUGGCAAUGUUGGUUUAAAUUCCUGUUACAGGAACAGUGUUAUGUAACUGACACGUAUGAGCUCUUCACACAAAGAGCCUCCAAAAACAAAUAUUUACAGCAUGAGUAAGAUGAUUUUAAAACGCUUCUGUGGUGAGUAGCUUGAGUUGACAAAGCCACUGUCAGCCGCACAAAACGGGUACCUGCUGCCCAGCCAAAUUUAAAGAUAGACUAAUCCCUGAAAAGGUGAAUCAUGGUAGAUGUGAUAAAUGUGUCUAUAUUAAAGUGGGGAUUCCCCAGCAGUGCCGAUGACAUGAUGUAAUGAUUUUUUAGCUUAUGCCUAUGACGAGGGUUUGAAAAUAUGUAACUGAAUAGAUUGAAGAAAAAAAAAUCAUCUUAAAAUACCACUUUUUCUUAGUAAUUGAGGAUUAUUACGUCUGGAUUUUAUUCCAAAAUUGAUAUUUUACUUUUAUACAAGUUUGUCAAGUUGCAGAUGUGUCAUUGAUAGAACUUACACUGCAAAUGUAUCUCGACUGUGUUAGUCAGUUUAGUCAUACAGACUAUAAGUGAGACAUAGAAGCCAGGCAGCUCAUUAAGCAGGUAUUUAUGGUAUAGUUAUGGUCAUAAGUAAUAACAAUUUUCUAUGAACUUGUUUUCUCAGUGCUAAGACCAGACAAGGGGCACUGGAUGGGCUUAAGACGGCAAUGGCUACACGGAUCCUGUAUGAGUUCAUCUCCGAAAGAAGGAUGACCAUCACAGACAGCAUUGAACGCUGCCUGAAAAAAGGUACAGACAGUUUAACAGUCUGCUGCUGUCGUAGUAAACUUGUCAGAUGUUUUUUUCUAAGAGGAUGUGAUCAUGUUUAUAGCAUCAAAUUAAUGCCUACUCAGAUGUCUUCUGAAACCGAUGUAAAAAUGACAUGCCCACCUUUGUCUCUGCCAGGUAAAGGUGACGAGCAGCGAGCAGCAGCUUCUUUAGCCUGCCUGCUCUGUAUCCAGCUGGGCUCGGGCAUCGAGAGUGAGGAGGUGUUCAAGACCUUGAAACCCAUCUUCAAAAACAUCCUGGCAGAUGGAUCUGCAAACAUUCAAGCCAGACAGGCAGUGAGUAACUAGUUUUUGGAGCCAAGACGAUACAUGUGAAGACUAUUGGAUUAACUACUACACAGUAUCUGUCACUGUACAGAUGUCUUGAUUUUCCUUAAACCUGUUUAUAUUAAAGAAAACAAAUCUCUCUGUUUGUCUCAUAGGUGGCUACAAGUCUGGGCCUCUGUACUCUGGUUGCAGAAGAUGACAUUUUGGUGAGUUCUUCUUCCUAUCAUGUCUGUUUGUUUUACACGUCAAUUACAGUCAUGUGACCUGAACAACCUCUAAAGUCAUCUGUUUCAACUUGUUAUCAGUGUUUCAUUCAGUCUUUAAGAUUUGAUCAACAGUUGAGCUCACAUGCUUCAGGCAGUUGAUUAAACAUUUUACUCUUGAUGAUAGAAGUUGAGGUUAGCUUAAACACACACUCUGCUUUGAAAACUCAUUUUUUUGUCCUGUCUACUUCCUGCUUUAGGAUGUGCAUGCCACCAUGGAGUGCUUUGAGAACCUGUUCACCCGGUCCUAUGCUAGAGCGGAUGGUACGUGUCCUUCGGUGAAUCCUCAGACAAGCGCGCUCCACACCAACGCGCUCCUGUCCUGGGCACUGCUGCUCACCAUCUGUACCGCCAACCAGCUUAGAGACAUCCUGCGCAAGUAAGACCCCUUUUUAAAACUAAAUGUCAUCAUCAAAAGUUUAACUUUGUUUGAAAAUUGUUUUAUUUAUCUGCAAACCAAAUAGGAUAUGAAUUUAUAUAUAUUUUUUUCUUGUUUGUUUUGCAGACACCUGCCUAAACUGCCACGAUUGUUGGAAAGUGAGGAUGUCAACAUGAGGAUUGCUGCAGGGGAGACAAUCGCCCUGCUCUUUGAGCUGGCCAGAGACAUGGAUGCUGUAAGUCUAAAUCAUUCAGUGUUAUAUAAUCAAUAUGCUUUCAUUCCUGAGGUACAACGCAGUCCACCGUCAUGACGAAAAAAGACAGAAAUUAUAGUCCCUAUUACAGCUAACAACAGUAAUUUCAUCCUGAAUUGUAUGCUGACUCGACAGUUGGACUUGAUUUUGAUAGGCGGUUUCUUGGCAUAUACAUCUUUUUUCUUUCUGUGGACUGAUGCUUGCCUUUUUUCAGUCAUAAACGGUAUUAUUUAUAUCGUUUGUCUCUUACAGGAUUUUGAAUUUGAUGGCUGGGAUGAACUGUGCGACAAACUAAACGCAUUGGCCACAGACUGCAACAAACACAGAGCCAAGACAGACAAGAGGAAGCAGAGGUCUGUGUUCAGGGACGUGCUUAAGGCUGUUGAGGUGGGUUUAAGUGGCAGUGAGCUGCAGUUCUGUGUCCUUUUUUUUUUUUUUUUUGUAGAUGUUUUUAAAUUUUUAGAUACUUUUUUCCCCUUCUGUUAUGGAUGGCUUAGAGUGAGUCCUUUUUUUUUUUUUGUUUUGAUCCUCCAGGAGGGGGACUUCCAGACUGAGACAAUCCGCUUUGGGACUGAGCGCAUGACCAUCGACAGCUGGGUUAGAAAGAGGACCUAUGAUGCCUUCAGGGAGUUUGUAGGCUCUGGGAUGAACUACCACCUCCAGGUAUAUUUACUUCAAACUUCAUCAGACUGCAGAACUACUACUACUUUAACUAGACUGCAGAAUCUUGAGUUUGGGUUCAGUUUUUGGGGUUUUCUCCUGGACUGACACUGCCUAAAGCAUUAGAAAAUCUGUAGGUCUGCAAAGAGGAAACACUAGCGACUAGAUUUGGGAUGAUGAUGCAUAUUGUGAGGAAAAAGCCAUUACAAGCAUCUGGUUGGAAAUUAGUCUGCAUUAUGGCUGGCGGCCAGCGCUAAUGCAACAUUUCACUUGUGAAUAUGAGACAAUGGAACAUAUUUCAGCGGAUGGAAAAACUCUAAACUAUAUGUAAAUGUAGCUAGCUGAUGCAGGUUAUAUAUUGUGUCUGAGGAUGAUUUCUUAUUGAAGUUUUUGUUUCUUUUAAAAGGGUAAUGAAUUCAUCAGAGACGUGUUUGAACUGGGACCACCCAUGCUGGUUGAUUCAGCAACAAUGAAGGCAAUGAAGAUAUCUCGCUUUGAAAGGGUAUCCACAACUACGAUCCUUGUUAUUUAUUAAAAAUAAGUUUGAUACAUUUUUUACACGUCUCAUUUUUUCCUACUUUGUAUUUACGUUUCUUUUUCUUCUUUUCCAGCAUCUCCACAACUCUGCUGCAUUCAAGGCUCGGACCAAAGCUAGGAGCAAGUUCAGGGACAAGAGGGUGGAUGUUGGAGAAUUUUAACCUUUUUUUUUUUUUUUCUUUUCUUUUUUUUUUUUGACACUAGUAACCUAUUUAUCAGGCCUCCCUGCUUUUUAGAUGUUGCUUUCACACCUAACUCCCCUAAAAUCUGUUUAGUAUCAAACCCUGAUAGUAGUGAUGAAAAGCAGCUAUGUCACAGACACCACUUUCAGACCUUCAGGAGGUGGGUGUUUGAUGAUGACAUAGUUUGAGGUGGAGUCUAACUUAAAUGUUUCCACACAUGAACUGUGGUGUUGUACAUAAAGUGUAUAUUUUUUUCUCUCAUUAAUAUCUAUUAUGUGGCCUUUUUUGUUUUGAACAUUUGUAAUAAGUUAUAUAAUUUUGCACAAUGUAGUCCUCUUUAGUUAAUAGCAAUGUCAAACACAUGUUUAUGUUCUAACCCUUAUAUGAAUUAGUAUUGCGUUGCACUAGCUUGCUAACCUUUAGCGGGUUAUUGCUGUAGAACAAUGGUGAAUAUUGUGUGUCUCUUUUUGGUAAUGGUUAUGUGUGCUAAAGGGCAAAGAUGGUAAGACAAUAAACACUGAAAAGCUGUACAAACUGCGCCUCCUGUUGUCUCGACUUCAACAUUCUCCAGGGUAAGAAAGCUUUAGAGAAGUAGUGACAGGAACCACCAUUAAAAGAAGAAAUGAGUUACGUAAACCAGAUUUAAAUGUUAACGGUUACACAGGUACAUGAGAGAUGGUGAGAUUUUUAAAUUAUAAAGAUUGAGUCACAAAGAACAGGAACUAUACACCACAUACAGGAUAGUUUUGAGUGUGUCAGGAGGGAUGUCAACAAGCACUAUUUGUGUUACUCUUGCAGUUUGUGACUGAUCUGUUUUCCACACUCCUUUUGUGUUAUCCUUGUAGCAGCUCGUUUUUGGUUCUAUGUCCAAUUCUAUUUGUCGUAAAGGGGAAGUACAAGUUCUGUUUAUUUCUUCUUGAACGCAGUAAAUGCUCUUCAAACCAA